CCAAGAGUCUCUACUUCCUUCUGUCCCCUCCCUCCCCAGCAUCCUCUUCACUUCCUUCCCUUGCAGCCCUGGCUCCUUCAAGUGUUUGUCAGUAUGAGCUUGUUUUUCAGUUGGGGGUGGGGUGCUGUGUGUUGAGAAAUACCACCAUGAGUGCCCAUGGUUCUUGCCCUUGCUCUUUCUAGCUUUGCAUCACUGAGUGUGGUCUCUGUGGUUAGAAGAUCCCACCUUUGGAGUGGUGGUCGGACUGCUGCCAGAGAAGAGUUGUCUCCACUGUUUGCUCAGCAAACACCCAAAGAGAGCCCGGAAAAAAGGAAGACAGCACCCAAUGCAAUCACGGAUGUGGGUGAGACCUUGCAGCUGCUUCGGGUGCACAGUCCUCGGCAAUGAAUCCCGAGGAACGCAUCGUGACAUGGCUCAUCUCUUUGGGAGUUUUAAAUUCCCCCAAGAAGACCAUCUGUGAUCCAGAGGAAUUCUUGAAGGUGUCUCUGAAAAAUGGGGUAGUGCUAUGCAAACUGCUAAAUCGUCUUCUUCCUGGAGCUGUGGAAAAGUACCAUCAGGAGCCCCAAACGGAAGCUGACUGCAUCAGUAACAUUAAGGACUUCCUCAGGGGAUGUGCAGGCCUUCAGGUGGAGGUCUUUGAGCCUUGUGACCUUUACACAGGCAGCAAUUUCUCCAGAGUGCUGAGUACCCUUUUAGCUGUCAACAAAGCCACUGAGGAUCACAUUUCGGAAGGACCAUGCCAACCUUUUUCUUCCAUUAGUGCUGUUUCCAGUUCCCAGAUAAACCUCCCAGGAGCGGUUUCUAACUCAGCACCAGUGCUAAGAAGGCAUUCAAAGGCAGCGGAGAUGACUGAAAAUGGGAACCACCAGUUGGUAGUAAAGGCAAGGUUCAACUUUAAGCAGACCAAUGAAGAUGAGCUCUCAGUCUGCAAGGGCGACAUCAUUUAUGUCACUCGAGUGGAAGAAGGUGGCUGGUGGGAAGGCACUCUCAAUGGGAAAACCGGCUGGUUCCCCAGUAAUUAUGUCAGAGAAAUUAAGCCUAAUGAGAAACCUGGCUCCCCAAAGACCGUAAAAGGACUGGAUACUCUUCAGCUUACCAAGAAUUACUACAGUAUGGUUUUGCAAAACAUCCUGGAAACUGAACAGGACUACGCUAAGGAGCUACAGUCGCUUCUUGGGACAUACUUACGACCACUCCAGGCCAAUGACAAGCUGAGUGCUGUGGAAUUUGCAUCUUUAUUGGGCAACUUUGAGGAAGUGUGCACAUUUCAGCAGACCCUGUGCCAGGCCUUGGAGGAGUGUGCAAAACUUCCAGAGAGUCAGCAGAAAGUCGGAGGCUGCCUGAUGUCCCUAAUGCCUCAGUUUAAAUCUCUGUAUCUCACUUAUUGUGCUAAUCACCCCUCAGCUGUGAAUGUUAUAACUCAGCACAGUGACAGUCUGGAAAAGUUUAUGGAGAGUCAGGGAGCAGCCAAUCCGGGGAUUCUCCUAUUGACAACAAACCUCAGCAAGCCCUUCAUGCGACUGGAAAAAUAUGUGUCUCUUCUCCAAGAGCUGGAGCGCCACAUGGAGGAGUCUCAUCUGGACCACCAGGAUGUUCUGAAAGCUAUUGGGUCAUUCAAGGCGCUGGCGGCCCAGUGUCAGGAUCUGAGAAAGAAGAAGCAGCUGGAGUUGCAAAUUCUCUCCGAAACCAUCCAGGGCUGGGAAGGAGAUGAUAUAAAAACCUUGGGCAAUGUCAUCUUUAUGUCGCAAGUAAUGGUGCAGUGUGGUGCCAGUGAGGAGAAAGAAGAAAGAUAUUUCUUGUUGUUUCCGAGUGUUUUACUCAUGGUAUCAGCAAGUCCUCGGAUGAGUGGAUUUAUCUAUCAGGGAAAACUCCCAGUUGCUGGAAUGAUGCUAACAAGACUGGAUGAAAGUGAAGGCAAUGACUAUUCGUUUGAAAUUGCAGGCCCCCUGUUUGAGAGGAUGACGGUGUUCUGUCCUAGCAGCCAGGAUCUCCAAGAGUGGCUGGAUCACCUGCACAGACUGAUCAGGGGCACUGGUGCGGGCAGCGUGCUUGUGAAAACUCAGUCGUGGAGUACCCCAUCUUCUUCUAGCGUUGCCGGACAACCUCGAGGAGCCCUGGAGCCUCCCCCAAUUCAAAAGCCCUGGAGCUUAAGUUGUCUCAGACCCGCACCUCCUCUUAGACCUUCGGCAGCUCUAGGUUACAAAGAGAGGAUGUCUUAUAUCUUAAAGGAUUCCAGCAAGAGCCCUAAAACAAUGAAGAAAUUUCUCCAUAAAAGAAAAACGGAGAGAAAAGCGUCAGAGGAAGAAUAUGUCAUUAGGAAAAGUACAGCAGCCCUGGAAGAAGAUGCCCAGAUCCUGAGAGUGAUUGAGGCCUACUGCACCAGUGCCAAUGCAGGACUUCAGCAAAGCCAUGGUUCAGGUACCCGCAAGGACUCCAUCCCACAAGUCUUACUCCCAGAGGAAGAGAAAAUUAUUGUGGAAGAGACGAGAAGCAAUGGGCAGACAGUUAUAGAGGAAAAAAGCCUUGUUGACACUGUUUAUGCACUGAAGGAUGAAGUCAAGGAAUUAAAGCAGGAGAAUAAAAAAAUGAAGCAAUGCCUAGAAGAAGAAUUGAAGUCCAGGAAAGACUUGGAAAAGUUGGUCAGGAGGCUGUUGAAGCAAACAGAUGAGUGCAUGAGGGCAGACCCAGGAGGCAAGGCCUCCCUCCUGGCUUGAGGCUACCCCAUCCAUGCUGCCAGCACUCACUCCAGUGAGACUUGGGAUCUUCGGGAAGGGAAAAUCAGACCCCUUGACUUACUCUGCUCCUCGCCUUGUCUGCUUUCUGUGUAUUUGGCUGUUUUCUCUUAUAGGAAAAAAAAGGAAUUUGUAGUGGAAAUAGCCUUCCAUUCAAUAAGGAAAUGAAACCAGUAGUAAUAAUUGCAAUAGGAAGAGUCAGCAAAUGGCCCUAGGUUCACAGUUCAUCCCAUCUCCUCUUUGGUCGGAUGGGUCACUAGUGCUUUGGACAAAGCUACUCUCAGAGAAGCUGCCAAGCGGUGCCCAGUGAGAGAGGCUGGCACACCCACUGCUUUCUCCCAAUAGCUUUCCUUGAUCUUGAAGCCCCUCAGUUAUUCAUUCAAGAAGCAUCGCUAAACCCCCACUACGCACUCCGUACUCAAUGCUGGAGAUGCAGUGACAAGAACGAAACAACUUCUGCCCUCCACAGACUUAAGCUCUACUCAGUGAGGAGUCAACGCCACCAGUCAAUGCCAAAUAUAUAUGACGCCAAUGUGGAGUCACUGGGGGGGUCCUAAUGACUGAGGGGGGUGGGUGAGGAAUCAAGAAAAGCCUCACGUAAGAAAUGGUACCUAAGUUAUUGAAUGGUAAAGUCCUAUGGCCCAUGCGCCCUGUCUAACCUCCCCUCCUCCCCCCUCGUGUACACACAGUUAUUUUCCUUUGAUUUUCUAACAAGAUAACGCGGGAGACUCAGUAGUCCUUUUGUUGCUUUUAUGUUGGUCUAAUUGACAUGCUUGAUUUAACCCAAUAGAGCAGGAGCUUUCAUCAUUGCCACAAACACCAAGCCGUAAUGCCGGCAGGCUAUUUCUAGCAUGUGAUGACGAUAUCGUGGCAGCUUCUCCGGCUAGAGCAUCGUAGACAUAGACGUUUUGCAUUUCCCCAGUGCUUUGACUUCACCAUACCCAGCAGUACGUCAUUCUGGUUGGAACACGCUUUUGCUCACUCCCCUUCCUGUAGUCAGACCGUGAGCUCUUCUGGUGUCCCGGUUUUGGAUUCCAGCCUCCCAUCACUGGGGCGUCUCAAAGUCUCCACCAAGAGAAGAGGCUGGCUUCUAACAGGAGAUGUCCAUUCUCCUUGGCCCGCUUAUAGACUGUGGCAAGAGGUGGAGCAGUCCCCCUGUCCCCCUCAAGAGGAGGCAUUUCAAUAGCAUUUGCAGGAAUCUGCUCUCUCCAGGAAGGCCAGUGUUUGCCCAAGCACAAGUGGGGCCUGCUUGGAGCCGGCUGGGCCGCUGAUCUGGCUCCCCUCUUUUCCUCAGUAACUUUGUUGGAAUCCCAGCAAUCCGGACACAGCUGUAGCUCAUGGCCAUAGAAUAGUCAGCAGAUCCCAGGCAUCAUUCAGCACAAUUUAGGAAAGGAUGUAUGGUAGAUAAUUAGAAAGUCCCAAAGGCAGGUGAAGUUUGACCAGCGUGGGACAGAUCCCUUUUGAGGGAUGGAAAAAAAAAAGGGGGCAUUAGAUUGAAAAACAAAGUGAAAAUAAACAAAAAAAAAGUUGUUUUCCAGAUGUAUUUGCUAUGAAUACUUAUGAGUGUCAGUUUAUGCAAAUGCUGGUUUAGAAAACAUCCAGAUUCCAACUUGAAAUGCUUUGCUCCCCAAACUGACCACCCUCUCCCACCCUGGUACUUGGUGGUCUCUAGUCCAUGCUGCUACACAGUAUGGUACGUGGAUUUUUGCUUGCUGCCCCCCCCCCCAGGGGAAGUACUGCUCUCAGGAAGUGAGCCAGCCAAAGGAAUGCUGGGAGCAAGCCACCCACCCCUGUUUCCUAGCUAAACUCAUCUGGGGCAGCCUCUGCCUCGCCUUUCAUUCCCUCCUGGGGCUGAGGGGCCAGGAGAGACUUUCUGAGAGAGGGCCCUUUACCUUCUAAAGGGAACUCGGCUCUCUCAUUUUUUAGAUAAGGAAACUGAGGCCUAGCAAAUUGAAGCAAUCUCUCUGGGCCUCAUUUUUGUCCUCUAUAAAAUGAGGGGAUUGGACUAGUUUUUGAGGUCUCACUCCAGACCAGCACUUUUUAAACUGUUUAAGCACUUUUUAAACAGUUUAAGAAGUGCUGAAGGGGUCGAAAGUAGAAAAAAUUUCAGAAGGUCUGCUCUAGACCUCCAGUGAGCUACAAUCUUCACAUAUCAAGGAACUCAAAUGGAUUAUAGUCAUGGUAGGAAAGCAGACUGUACCGAAAACCAAUUUUCCAAUGCUGAGCUCUACAGAAGUCUGCUUAAGAGGCCUCUGAGCCCCUGAUGGGAGAAGCAUGGUACUUCAGCUAACGGAACCCAUACCAAGCAUGGCUGUUGCUGUUACGAGCCAAAUAACCUGAGUGAGGAAAUGAAGUCAUGUGAAAUCGACAGCGCUGGUUCCAUAUUUGUGUUGUUUACAAUGCUUUUGUAAAUUCUCUGGUCCCGUUAUCCUUUCCAUUGCUGCCUCACUGUGAGGAGGUGGUUCUGUUUGUCUUCUCCCAGGGUAGGCUAAUUUCCUGUCAUUUCUCUUAUGCAAACCCAGUUUUUCUAAACUGUUUUUAUUUUGAACACUUUUUAAAUUGACAUUUUCAAUCAAUAAAGAAGGAUGACAAUGCCUUAUAAAUGGAA